UAGAGGCAGAUGAUCAGUGAAGUUUGAGAAGCACUAUGCAAGGUGCACGGAUUUGGCUGCCCAACAUGGUUGAUUUCUACUUCGAGAGACUUACUUUACGUUGUUAAGCAGACGAUUCUCGCCAAGAAGACAUGUCCUCAUGGCCUUUGCCACUCCAUCGAAUCCUUCUACCAAAGGAACCUCCAACUAUGCUCAGCUGUGUCGCCUUCUUGUUGAAGUUGGAUCACAUGUGUUAAAGGAGAUCUUUGACAGGGUAUGUCCACCAGAAAAACUUCACACAGUUCUGACAAAUCCCACAAACUGUGCCAAAUUACAAACACUUCGAAAGAAGAGAGUCCUGUGUACCUCCCAGUGGCGCAAAUUGUAUCCUGCUGUCAAAUGGUCAAUUUCCUCAGGGAACUUUGACAGCUCCCUGCUGCUAUUACUUCUGAGGAAUAUCUUUGGUCUAACUCUCCCUGCCUCUGGCCAAGAUGACCUUCCUUUGGUAACAGACACCACUCCAGCAGCUGACAUCUCUCGCAUCAAGAUCCUCAGAGACAGAGUUUACAGUCAUGUUACCAGUGGUUCAGUUGAUGAUCCAACUUUCAGUUCCUACUGGAAUGACAUCAAAGACACCUUUCAGCGUAUUGGAGGGGCCCGCUAUCAGGAUGUUAUCAAUGAUCUUAAAACUGAUUGCAUGGAUGCUGAUAUUGAGAAAGACUACCAGGAGCUUUUCAGAGAGUGGUUGAAGGAUGAAGACUGUGUCACAGAUAAAUCACAUGAAGAUGAAAUGGUAAAAAAGGCCAGGAAGGAAGAUGACCUGGAGGGUUCCAUUGAGACAUAUGAACAAAAUUUAGGAAAGGAAGAGACAGCAAUGAUGCCAAGGGAAACUACAUCAGCACAGAAUGCAAGCCCACCAGAGCUCAAUGUUACACUUCCAUUGAUGAGUGAUCUUCCUGAAACCUCUUUUACUUGGAACAAUGUUGAACUUCCUGUUGAUAUUCUUUUAUUAACAGUGGAGGACUGUGAGUUCUUAAGUUGCUUUGCCUACCUGAGGGAACCCUUUAAGAGUUACCACAUCAGUACUGGCCCUGUGUACUUUGGGUGCAUGGGUGAUGAUCAAGGAAAGAAAAUGAAAAUUGCAUUGAUGAGGUGCUGCAAAGGUCCUGGUGUUCCUGGGGGUUCUUUGUCUGUUUCAAAAGAUGCCAUCUUGCUACUGAGACCCAAGGCUAUUUUUUCUGUUGGUGCCUGCAGUGGUUUGAAAAGCAAAAAGGUCAAGUUAGGAGAUGUGGUUGUUUCAGCAAAGCUGAUAACAGCUGCACACAAAACUCCCCCUAGUAGAGAUAUUGGUAAGCUGAUCAAACAUGUGGCUGAUGGGUGGAAGGCACCUUUACAAAAUGCUGAUGAAUAUAAUGCCAAAGUGCACUGUGAUGGAGUGGUUCUGAGUAUCUUGGAGGCAAACAGAGAUAUGAUUAGGAAACACCCUGAGGCAAUUGCAGUUGAAAUGGAAGGUGGAGGAGUGUAUGCUGCAGCCCAUGAUUUUAAGACAGAAUGGGUGGUAGUCAAGGGCAUCAAAGACUUUGUAGAUGAAAUGCAGUCUUCAAGUAAGAAAUGGAAACAAAUUGCCUGUGUGAUGGCAGCAUCUGUUGUGGCCAACAUUUUGAAUGAUCCAGUCAUAUUCCAAGAUUGGCCUCACUUUAAUGCAGGUGCCAAUGAAUUGCCUUCUCAAGCCGUAAGUACCUACACUUCAGCUUUAAAGUCUUCAAUUAUGUACCAUACGGAGUUCCAACCCAAACUGCUUGCCUCUCGCACGAUUUCCAACGCGAAAACGGACGAAAUAUUCACUAAUCUUCUCAUACAACAUGGAAGAAAAGCCCUGAUUAGGAAUGACGAGACAUAUUAUUCAAGGAGUAAAGAGCUUGAGUACUACGGGAAAAUUAGUGGUACUCCAGUCAAGCACUGCAGUGAAAUAUUUCUUGGCAUGAUUGAUGAUCAGGAAAGUGCUAAUUCUAUUCUUGUCGUUGGAAAAGCAGGGAUUGGGAAAUCCCUGUUUUGCCAAAAGGUGAUUCGCGAUUGGGCUAACAACAAAUUACUUCGAGCACUAGAAAGCACUGAAAUCCCCAAUUUAAAAUUUGUGUAUUUGCUUACUUUCCGUCAGUUGAAUUUGCUCAAGAAUAAGCAUUUGACUUUAAGAGAAAUCUUAAAUUUUUCCUCGGUACUGAAUGACAAAUGUAACAUUAACGAAUCAACAUUUGAGUACAUUGUAAAGCAUUCCAAGGAAGUAAUGAUAAUUCUCGACGGCUAUGAUGAGUAUUCUCAGAAAACCAGUAUCGAUGGAAACUCAGAAGGACGGCAUCCCAAUGACGUUAGACGUAAAAUGCCGGUGGCCGCACUGUGUUCUAAACUCAUCAAUGGAAAAAUCCUGCAAGGGGCUAUCGUCAUGAUUACCUCGCGACCUGAUGAAUCGGACAAGAUGGGAGGAAUCCGUUAUAAACGGUAUGUGGAAAUUGCUGGUUUUUCGGCAGAACAAGUCAAAGAGUACAUAAAGAAAUACUUCAAGAAAAACGAAAAUAUGAAGAACGCUGUACUUAAACAUGUCAUGAACAAUGAGAAUCUUGUCAGUUUUGCUCAUAUUCCUAUGCUCUGUUAUCUGUUGUGCUUCGAGAUGGAGUAUGCCCUAACCGAAUCAGAAAAUUCUGAUGACCUUCCUGUCUCAAUAACCGACAUUUAUACCAAACUUGUUGAUAUUUUUGAACUCAAGCACUGCGCCGAGUCAGAAUACAGACAAAAAGAAAUUCCUGAGAAGUUCAAGCCCCCUCCUGUCAUCAAGAACACUUUGGAGAAAUUAUCAAAAUUAGCGGCUAAACUGCUGGUUGAAAGAAAGCCAACUUUUGAUGAAAGCGAGAUGGAGCGCGAUUUUGAACUGGAAGAAGUCAACAAACUGAAAGGUAGCGGUCUUCUUUACUGUGGUCAGCCUUUCAGAACCGAAUUGAUUACAACCACGAAGCACUUUAGCUUCACACAUCUGACCGUCCAAGAAUUCUUGGCCGCUCGUUGGUUUGUAAGGGAAAAUCGUGUUCCCGAUGCGAAAUGCUCUGAUAUGGUUUACCAAUUCAUGGCUGGCCUUUUCUCACGUGACGCAAACGAGGAAAUGAUGGAAAAAUUGAUAGAUUCACCCUUUAUGCCUCCUUAUCUUAGAAUGAGGUGUCUUAAUGAGUAUCGAAACAAAGAAUUCGCUAAACAGUUCUUGAGGGAGAAUCCCCAAGCGUUUUGUAAUUCACACGGUGUCAUGGAUUUAGGUUGUUACUCAGAUGUAGACUGCAUUACGGUAUCAUUUGUAUUGGACAUUAUCAGUGAACUAAAUGAAGAGGAAGCUGGAGAGGCACAACACAAGUAUACCGAUAAGUUUGUCACAGUUGAGAGGUUAGGACUUUCCGGACCACAUCUAACACUGUCUGGAAUACAACGAGUCUUUAAUUCACUGAUAAAUGAACACUGUCUUGUGUCUGAACUUAUAUUAUCUUACAUUAACUGGAGUGUUGAACAUGUUGAUUUUAUUAAUCGAUUAUUGGUAAGGAAGUUAACCACACUAAGUCUGAAUGAUAUUAAGAUCACCGAUACCGGUGUUGCCAGGCUAUGUGAAGCUUUACAGCAUCCAAGCUGUGAGCUAACCACACUAAAUCUGGAUUCUAGUGGGAUCAAUGAUACCGGUGUUGCCAGUAUAGGUGAAGCUUUACAGCAUCCAAGCUGUAAGCUAACCACACUAAACCUGGGGUUUAGUGAGAUCACUGACACCGGUGUUGUCAGUCUAUGUGGAACUUUACAGCAUCCAAGCUGUAAGCUAACCACACUAUAUCUUGAGGGUAAUAACAUCACUGAUACCGGUAUUGCCAGUCUCUCUGAAGCUUUACAGCAUCCAAACUGUAAGCUAACCACUCUAUGUAUUUCGUUUAGAGGGAUCAGUGAUACCUGUGUUCCCAGUUUAUGUGAAGCUUUACAGCAUUCAAGCUGCAAGCUAACCGCAUUAAGUAUGCUCUGUAAUUUGAUCACUGAUACCAGUGUUGCCUGUCUAUGUAAAGCUUUACAGCAUCUAAACUGUACGCUAACCACUCUACGUAUGCAACAUUGUGAGAUCACUAAUAUCGGUGUUGCCAGUCUAUGUGAAGCUUUGCAGCAUCCGAGCUGUAAGCUAACCACACUAGAUCUGGAGGAUACUGACAUCACUGAUAUCGGUGUUGCCAGUCUAUGUGAAGCUUUACAGCAUCCGAGCUGUAAGCUAACCACACUAGAACUUCCUCUGUCAGUUUAUGAUGAUGAGAUGGCAGCUAGUCUUGAAGCUAUAAUUCGGAGACACCGACCAGCUUUAAAGCUGUCUUUUCAUUAGUUUCAUUAACUUUAAUAGUUUCAUUAAUUUUUAGUAGAUUUUUAUAUUUAAACGAAAUCAGUAGUUCCAAGUGAAAUCUUAAUUUGGGUCAAAGAUACCAGGUAGGCAAAGUACUUUUAAUCAUUGGAGUGACAUGCUAU